AUGUCUCCACGCACUCGCUCCACCGCUAAGAAGCUCACCGCUCAGCCGAGCACGAAGGCGUCGGGAUCUCGAGCUCGAAAGAGCAACAAGUCAGCCAAGCAGCAAGAAUCCAGCAAGGCGUCGGGUGGCGAGGCACCUCUGUCUGCCAAGGAGCAGAAGCAACUCCAGGCGCUGCUCAAGAGACAGUCCGUUCAGAAGCAGGACAAGGAAGAGGAACGUCAGGCUGGGGUGCGCAAGAGGGCGGCGACUAUGACUCGCGAGGAAGUUCAAGGAUCAGACGCUGAAGGUGAGGAGCCGUCCCGUAAGAAAGCAAGACACACUACGGAUUCCGAUGGCGAGGGCGGUGGCGACGCGGGUUCCGAUGGCGAGGGCGGGGGCGAUGAAGGAAGCGAGCCAGACGGUGGUAGCGAGCGGGACAUACGAAUGGAGAGCCCUUCUCCCCCUGCUCGGUCUAAACCGAAGCCAGCUUACGGGCGGUACAAGAAGGCCGAGCAGGACUCAGGGAAGGGAAACACAUCGUUGACUGAGGCGGAGCAGCGUAUCGCACAGACUCUCGGCGCGAAGGGCAAGGCUAAAGACAAGCCUCCGUCCAAGAAGUCGGUGGUAGUCGAGAGCCCGCGGGAGGUUUCUGAAGAGGAACAUGCGUCCGUUCGCUCGGGAUCGGAAGAGGAGGAUAGGACGAGGCGAGGGGAGAUGGACAAGCAGAGCGAGAAGAGGAAGGAUGUGCGUGGCGGGAAGAAGGCCUACGUGGAGAUCAGGGUAGACAAGUCCCCGUCACAGAAAAAGAAGGCAGCAAAGAGCAAGACGGUCGUCUCCAGUUCGGACGAAGACCAAGACGACGAUAAGGUCGAUGAGCUCGAAUCUUCGGACGAUGACAGGAGCUCCGGGAUCCGGAUGAAGGGCGCGGGCGACGAUGUCAUGGAGAUUGCUCAGAAGGGAGCGAAGAAGAAGCCCAGAGGCAAGGGCUCAGUAGCGGUUCGUGUGCGCGUCAGGUCCUCAGACCUGCCCAUCUAUGUCCGUCCCAUUGUCGCCGCUGCUCAGAGCUUCCUCCGCCUUCGUCUCGCACUCGAGACGGCAUGGACCAGCUACAAAGCCGCGCCCAGUUCCCGGCUGCAGGACAACAUGGGCCUCGUUGUCCUCGCCCUGAAGGACGCUCGUGAUAUGCGUGACAAGGACGGUAAAAGGGUGAAGACUAUGAGGACCGCAUACACCGAUCUGAAGGAAGCGAAGGGAAAGGAGGGAGACGUUACGAGGAGAAACGUACACACAGUGAUCUGGAACGUGGCGGCUCAGUUCCGGAACGAGGUAAAGAAGAAAGGCAAGAGCGUGGUAGAACACUCGUACGGGCUGAGCAACCUGACGGUCACGCAACGCGUAUUGCUCGCCCAGUGGCUCCUCAAAACUCACCCGAUGAAGGUCAAGGGCGGCAAGCGCGAGAUCCCGAACUUCGUGUUCGGUGACAUGAAGAUUGCCUGGAACGCCAAGGAUAAACUGGACAAGGAGAAAUGCUCUGUCAAGUCAGAGCUUCUGUUCAGGCAUCCGGCGAUCUCUGAGAUCAUCGUGCAGCAGUGGUUCCCGGGUCAAGGUGCCAGCAUGGCCGUUGACCGCUUCAGCGAGGUCCCAGAUAACCUCAUUGCGUUGGUCUGCAACUCGAUCGAAGCAGCGUUGAGCGAGAUAGCGUUCGGGAACCCCGUCGCGUUCACGAACAAGCAUUUCGUACCAAAGUGGGACGAUCUCAUGUCCAUCCUCGAAGCUACGAAGAGAAAUGCGCCCGACUACUACGCUGACAUGAAGAAGCAGUUGUGGAGUCGCGUCAGCGCCCGAAUUGAGGGCGAUGAUCAGGAAGAUUCCGACCAGGACGACGGUGAGGACUUCGUGAAGCCGGGUGUCCUCGAGUACCGCCGCCAAGCCCUGUCUAGUGGCAAGCCUACAUCGUCCGGUACUACGAAGCCCUCCUCUAGCGGCAAACCGUCGUCGUCGAAAGGGAGAACUAAUGAGGCACAGUCGCGUACGGAUGCCGACGCUCCAGCGUCGUCCUCGAGCAAGAGGGCCCGCACGAUGAGGAAGAAGUCGAUGCAGACGAACUUGAACGUGAGGGUGACGAACCUGUUCCGGAACCCGAUGCCGCCGACACCUGAUCGCCUCUGCUCGCCGUCUUCGCUGUCUCUACUCCAAGGAUCACUCAUUACUACCACCAUACCCACAUCCUAG